CGAACGGCUUCAACAUUUGCUUCAUUUUCCACUCUUCAAAUAUCAUCGUAUAAUAAAUUAUUCUUUCUUCUCUCCAUUCCAUAAUUCCAUUCCUCUAACAAGCAAGAACAAAUACUCUAACUAUGGCAAUUGGAGUUCUUGCUUUUCAAGGCUCUUUCAACGAACACAUCGCAGCACUGAGGAGGAUUGGAGUAAAGGGUGUUGAAAUAAGGAAGCCUGAACAGUUGGAGAAUGUUGGUGCCCUCAUCAUUCCUGGUGGUGAAAGUACCACCAUGGCCAAACUCGCCGAGUUUCAUAAUAUGUUUCCUGCCUUGAGGGAGUUUGUCAAGAUGGGCAAGCCAGUUUGGGGAACGUGUGCAGGACUGAUUUUCUUGGCAAAUAAAGUUGUUGGUCAGAAAGCUGGUGGACAGGAACUUGUUGGAGGCCUUGAUUGCACAGUCCACAGAAAUUUCUUUGGUAGCCAGAUUCAAAGUUUUGAGGCAGAUAUCUCUGUUCCUCAUAUAGCAGAUAAAGAAGGUGGGCCUCCAGGCUUCCGAGGUGUAUUCAUACGUGCUCCUGCUAUCCUUGAAGUGGGUUCAGAAGUUGAAGUUUUAGCAGAAGUUCCUGUUCCCGACACACUGAAGAAUUCAGAUGCAGCAAAGGAGAGCGCAGAGGUGAAUCCUGAAUCUCUUAACAAAGUGAUUGUAGCUGUAAAGCAAAGGAAUUUGCUAGGAACGGCCUUUCAUCCGGAAUUGACUGCUGACAGUAGAUGGCAUUUGUACUUCAUAAAGAUGGUUAAUGACCUCAGCCAGGAGACUGAGACCGAGACCGAGACCGAGUCCGAGUCCGAGAGCACAAGCAGUAUCAUCAAAGCAGGAGACUUGGGUGCCUUGCAAGAUCAAAAGAUUGAACUCCCCAUUUACUUACCUUAGCAGAGUAUAUGAAUAUAGCUUGGUUAUAAUUUUAUAGUUUUAGUAGGAUAAUCUCAGGAAGAUAUAGGUUAUUUGCUUCACUUUGAAAUGAAUGUCCAUAUUCGUAUAACCUAAGCAUUUGCUCAGACUCACACCGACAAAAGUUGGCCUCUAUUGUUGACAAUGUUAAAAGUUUUUGAUUGCUUUGCUUUUUGAA